AUGCCAAUCCUCCCAACGACCACGCCGCGUUCUUCUUUUCACGAGGAAAUGAAUUAUAAACGGAGAAGACCGACAUACUGGACUGCUUCAAUUCCUUUAUUUCUACGAAGGUUGUUUCGUUUUCCGCAAAUGGAUUUCGAGUUUGCACUUUGGCAAAUGCUCUACUUAUGUAUAUCUCCAAGAAGAGUUUUAUGGGCAUGGGAUAGUGGGAAUCCUCAAGAUGAUCCUAUUUAUGGUCUUUAUAGAUUUUGUAAUGGUUGGUCUAGUGAUAUCGACGAUUUGUUGGGCAUUCGCAAACAGAUUUCUGUCACAUAG